AUGACCGUUCAAAUUGUAUUCCUACUGGUGCUUGCCACUUUGGUAUGGCUUCUAAAUUUGUUCUUUCGUCAACGCUCCUUCGGAGCGAAUAUUCCCGGGCCAAAGUGCUAUCCUUUGAUAGGAAGUUCGUAUCUAUUUUUUCGGAAGGAUCACUGCGAAACGUUCGAUAUCAUCUACAAACAUUUUGCUCAAUACCCUAAAUACUUCAAAUAUGAUUUCGGCCUACGCAGGGUAAUAUGUUUAACCGAUCCUGGUCUAGUUCAGCAAGCUCUAACCAGCAAUGAGUGUCAAAAUAAAGCGUUUAUGUAUAAAUUUUUCGAGGUCGAUUAUGGACUGCUGUCUGCUUCGUACCACGAUUGGAAACAGUACAGGAAAUUACUAAAUCCUGCGUUUAACAGAAAAAUCCUCGAAAGCUUUGUUUCUAUAUUUGAAGAAUGUUCGAAAACUAUGACCGAGCGAAUGUCAGUACAAGACGGUCGAGGAGAGUUCGAUGUCCUGCACUUUACUUCCGAUUGUACUCUAGAAAUGAUCUGCCAAAGUUCGUUGGGAAGCGCGGUUUCGACACAACCUCAAGUCGCAAAAUUUUGUGUCCUGUUGGAACAACUUUUGAGUUUAUUGUCGCAACGAUGGUUCAAAGUAAUCCUUCACAGUGAUUGGUUGUACGCUCUUACGCCAAUGUACAGAAAGAAAGAACAAUUGAGGGCCGAUAUUCAGGAAAUCGUAGAACCUCUAAUUACAAAAAAACGGGAGCUUCUGCGGCAGAGGAAUGAAUCCAUUGAUUCGUGGGAAAAGGAAGUCAAUCGGAAACCUAUGAUUUUUGUUGACCAGCUAUUGAAAAUGGAACGUGAUGGACAAGAGAUUACCAUUUCAGAAAUUCAAAGUCACAUUUAUACAAUUAUUGCUGCAGGUAACGAAACUUCCGCUCUACAGACAUCUUACGUCCUUCUAAUGCUUGCCAUGUUUCACGAUGUCCAGCAAAAAGUUUAUGACGAGAUAAUUAAUAUCUACGGCAAUAAAGCCCAUCAAGAGCUUUCUUAUGAUUCACUUCAACAGCAAUACUAUCUGGAAAUUGUCAUCAAAGAAACUAUGCGGCUAUUCCCGGUGGGCCCAAUUGUUGGUCGUGAAACAAUUCACCCAAUGCACCUUGGAGAUCUGAACGUCGUUCCACCUGCUACAACCUUACUAAUAAACUUCUACGCGCUUCACCGUCGUCCGGAUUUAUGGGGACCGGAUGCGGAACAAUUCGAUCCUGAGCGGUUUCGUGAAGAUAAUUCCUCCAAACGACAUCCUUUUUGCUAUUUUCCAUUUGGUGGAGGUCCCCGGAUCUGCAUCGGAUACCGCUACGCCAUGCUGUCGGUGAAAGCGAUGGUAACUCACGUUGUGAAGGAAUACCACUUACGGACGCAGCUGAAAUUGCACGAGCUACGACCGUCACACGAAAUAACAUUGAAACUCCCACAGGGGUUUAUGCUGUCGAUUGAAAAGAGAAAUCAUAACAUAUAG